ACACUUUUCCAAUAAGCAGCCUUGGAGGGCCUUCCAAGGUUGGUCGGUCAUAACCAUGGCUCAUCAUCAUCACCCUAAAUUAUUAGCUUCUUCUUUUCUCAUCCUCUUUACUUUCUCUUCUCUUUCAACAUUUUCACAUGCACACUUUCUUCUAGAAGAACUUCAUUUCAACAAUGAGAGGCUUAAGAAUGCCUAUGUUGCUCUCCAAGCAUGGAAACAAGCUAUCUACUCUGAUCCUUACAACACAACCGCUAAUUGGGUUGGCAGCGAUGUUUGCUCCUACAAUGGCGUCUUCUGCGCUCCCGCUCUCGACGAUCCCUCCCUCGACGUCGUCGCCGGCAUCGACCUUAAUCAUGCUGACAUUGCCGGACACCUUCCCGGAGAGUUAGGCCUCUUGACCGACUUGGCGCUUUUCCACAUCAAUUCCAACAGGUUUUGCGGAAUCGUACCUCCAUGCAUGGAGAAUCUAACCCUCAUGCACGAAUUUGACAUAAGUAACAACCGAUUCGUUGGUGGAUUUCCCAACGUGGUUCUCAAAUGGUCAGACAUGAAGUAUCUGGAUCUUAGAUACAACGAUUUCGAAGGGUCUUUGCCGCCGCAACUGUUCGAGAUGGAUCUGGAUGCAAUCUUCUUGAACAAUAACCGUUUCACCUCUGUUCUCCCUGCCACUCUCGGCAAAUCCAAGGCUUCGGUUAUUACUUUCGCUAACAACAAGUUCACAGGCUGCAUUCCGAAAUCGAUUGGAAAGUUGAACAAGUUGAAUGAGAUUCUCUUCAUGGGGAACAAACUGGGUGGUUGCUUCCCUCAAGAGAUUGGAAUGAUGGAGGAUUUGAAUGUUUUGGAUCUUAGCGACAACAAUUUUGUAGGUACUCUGCCUAACAUGACGGGUUUGCAGAACGUGGAGGUUAUAGACAUUGCAAGGAAUGAGCUUAGCGGUUAUGUGUCUGAUUCUGUUUGUCAAUUACCUUCUCUGAAGAACUUCACUUACUCUGAUAAUUACUUCAACGGGGAAGCUCCAGCUUGUGCUGUUGCUGUUGCUGCUUAUAAGGGUUCAAUUAGUACAACUGUUUUUGAUGACUCAGGAAAUUGUUUGACUGGAAGGAAGAAUCAAAAGAAAACUAGGGUGUGUUUGCCGGUACUAACUCGGCCUGUAGAUUGUAGCAAGGCUUGUGGUGACGGAGAAGGAGGUGGUAAUAAUAAUAAUAAUAAGGCCCCCUCGUUAACACCGAAAAAGUCACCUCCAAAGCCAAAGGUUAGUAAACCACAUUCACCACCACCACCAUCACCACCACCACCAGUUAGUUCUCCUCCUCCUCCUCCAUCCCCUGUUUACUCACCACCACCACCACCUACAUACUCUCCUCCUCCUCCUCCACCAGUGCACUCUCCACCGCCACCAACUCAAUCACCUCCCCCACCACCACCAGUUUACUCUCCCCCACCUCCAACUAUGUCACCUCCUCCUCCACCCCCAGUGUUCUCUCCACCACCACCAACUCGGUCACCACCACCUCCCCCAGUUUACUCGCCACCACCACCAACUUACUCACCUCCUCCUCCAACCCCAAUAUACUCACCACCACCACCAACUAAGUCACCUCCUCCACCCCCAGUUUACUCGCCACCACCACCAGCAUGGGAUGAUGAUGUCGUCCUCCCACAACACUUUGGAUCUGCAUACAGGUCACCUCCUCCACCGGCUAUUAUUGGAUACUAAGAAAGAAAAAAAAAAUGUACAAUGCCAUUAACAUCUUUGUCCUAUUCACUGUAAUAUCAAAAACAUGUACACAAAGUUGAAGUUCGUGAAUGUGAAUCCAAAUUUAACUGAA